AGGUUGUUGCACUUCCGCUUAACAUCCACUAGAGGGCAGUGUGCACUUGAGUAAAGGGCCUCAAUCGGGAGGUUUCAAGCCCACCCCCUGUUUUUGAUAGUGGGACUUGGGGGAGGCUUCAAGACAUUUGGACUCGAGUGUGGACGUUUUUCUUGUAUUAGGUCUUUUUUUUUUUUUUUUUUGGGGGGGGGGGUGUCAUUAGCCUUUGUACUCGGCUGGGUCUCCCCGGAGUGCACGCACGAAGGCAGCAGCAUGGACGCGAUUUGGAUGUGCCUUUGGAUCAUUUUGGGGUUGUUUGGAGCGAAUGGUUCAAACGUGUGCACAUCCAGGGGUGCGAGCACGUGUAAGCAGUGUUUGGCUGUGCACCCCAGCUGCGCGUGGUGCGUCCAAGAGGAAUUCGGUCACGGCGAGGCCAGCUCGUCCCGCUGCGACCGAAAAGCCAACCUGGUGGCGGCGGGCUGCGCCGCUUCGGCGGUGGAGUCUCCGUACAGCAGGAUGCAGGUGAUCGAGGACCGGCCGCUGAGCAGGAAGGCGGCGGGGGCCACGCAGGAGGUGACCCAGAUCAAGCCCCAGAGCCUCCACAUUACCCUCAGGCCCGACGACGCCAAGCGCUUUACGGUCAAGGUGCGGCAGGUCGAGGACUACCCCGUGGACCUCUACUACCUCAUGGACCUCUCCUACUCCAUGAACGACGACCUCUACCGCCUGAGGACGCUUGGCAAGGGCCUGGCCGAGGCCAUGAACCGCACUACCAGCAACCUGCGCAUGGGCUUUGGCGCCUUCGUGGAUAAGCCCAUCUCCCCUUACAUGUACACCUCCCCCAAAGAGGCCAUCAGGAACCCUUGUUACAGCAUCAACACCACCUGCCGGCCCCAGUUUGGCUACAAGCACGUUCUGUCGCUGACGGAUAAAGUGAGCCGCUUCACCGAAGAAGUGAGGAAGCAGAUGGUGUCCAGGAACCGGGACGCCCCCGAGGGAGGCUUCGACGCCAUCCUCCAGGCGGCCGUAUGCAAGGAGCAGAUCGGCUGGCGUCCCGGCGCUUCCCACCUCCUCAUCUUCACCUCGGACGCCAAGACGCACGUGGCGCUGGACGGGCGCCUCGCCGGCAUCGUGCGGCCCAACGACGGCCGCUGCCACCUCAACUCGGCCAACCUGUACAGCAUGUCUACCACCAUGGAUUACCCGUCUCUCGCUCUCAUCACGGAGAAGAUGUCCGAGAACAACAUCAACCUCAUCUUUGCCGUCACCAACCCUGUGGUUUCCUUGUAUCAGAACUACAGCGAGCUGAUUCCCGGCACCACAGUGGGAACGCUGUCCAACGACUCCGGCAAUGUCAUUCAGCUCAUUUUGAAGGCCUACGCUAAAAUCCGCUCUAAGGUGGAACUGGAAGUUCUGGGCGUCCCGGAGGAGCUGUCCCUCUCCUUCAACGCCACGUGUUUGAAUGGAGAAGUCAUCCCAGGCCUCAAGUCCUGCUCCGGACUCAAGAUAGGAGACACGGUGUCUUUCAGCGUGGAGGCGCGAGCGCGAGCCUGCCCCAAACAGAAGAAAAAAAAGACGUUCGUCAUCAAGCCCGUCGGCUUCAAGGACGCGCUGUCCAUCGCCGUCACCAUCGAAUGCGACUGCAAGUGCCAGAGCAAGGCUCAGCCGAGCAGCCCCAAGUGUCACCACGGCAACGGCACCUUCCAGUGCGGCAUCUGCGCGUGCCACCCGGGGCGCCUGGGCCCGCGCUGCGAGUGCGCCGAGGGCGACAACGGGCCGGCCGAGCGGGACCGCUGCACCGCGUCCGGCGGCUCGGACGUGUGCGGCGGCCGCGGGGACUGCGUGUGCGGCCAGUGCGUGUGCCACGGCAGCGACUUCGGCAAAGUGUGGGGGAAGCUGUGCGAGUGCGACGACUUCAACUGCCUUCGCGACAAGGGAGAACUCUGCUCUGGGCACGGCGUUUGCAACUGCGGCUUCUGCCAGUGCGCCCCCGACUGGCAGGGGGAGAGCUGCAACUGUUCCACGCGCACCGAUACCUGCAUGUCGCACCUGGGCUUGCUGUGCAGUGGGCGUGGCCAGUGCGUGUGCGGCGCCUGCGAGUGCACCCAGCCCGGCGCCUACGGGGCCACCUGCGACAAGUGUCCCACCUGCCCCGACGCCUGCACCAUGAAAAAGGAAUGCGUGGAGUGUAAACAUUUCAAGAGAGGCAAGCUGUCGGAGGACAACACCUGCGCUCGCAUCUGCAAGGACGAGAUUGUGCUCGUGGAGGAAUUAGCGCUUCACGAUACAAACGCGGUCAACUGCACCUACAAGGACGAGGACGACUGCGUGCAGCGUUUCCAGUACUACGAGGACGCCGGCGGCAAGUCCAUCUUGUUUGUGGUCAAGGAGCCAGAUUGUCCCGAGGGUCCGGACGUUUUGGUGGUGCUGCUGUCAGUGGCGGGGGCCGUCUUGUUCCUGGGCUUGGCGGCGCUGCUCAUCUGGAAGCUGCUGAUCACCAUUCACGACAGGCGGGAGUUUGCCAAAUUUGAGGAAGAGCGGGCGCGGGCCAAGUGGGACACGGGACACAAUCCUCUUUACAAAGGGGCCACGUCCACCUUCACAAACAUCACAUACAGAGGAAAAGACUGACGCUGGCUUGGAAUCAUUUCAAGGUUGAAAUGGACUCCCACUGUGGGAAGGCACAAAAUCAUGUGCAGGUCUCUACUGUCACAAAGCAACAAAUAAGUGAUUAUGUUGUAAAUACGUAGAAAUGACUUGUGUGGCACUCGAUCACAAAACGACCCUCUGGCUUUUAGAAACGUUGUUUUUGGUGAGUGUUUGUCAAUGAGUUACACAUUGAAAGUUGAUUAAAAAAAAAGUACUACA